AUGGAGCUUACAGACGUGGUCGACUGGCCGAGGAACGCUGAGAUAAAAACCUCCUUCUCGGGAAAACUCAGAAACCUCUGCCCGCUCUGUAGCAGCAUUAGUCACCUGCCCGACCUGGCGAAAGGCGUCCUGAAAACAGCAGAAUUCAACCAGCUCCCAGCAGCAGUGGACAAGAUAAGGAGCAUGCUUGAUGAGCUCAAGAAGACAAGGAUGAAAGACCAAGCUUUACUGGAGAACUCCUACAAGGACAUCAUAACUGAAAUCAAUGCUCUCCGCAAUGAUAUAAACACCAUCCUAGACCAGCUUCAGGAAAAGACAGUUAAACAGUUGGAUAGUUUGAUGAAAUAUUUAGAGAAAGAUGUGAAAGAUGAUUUGGAAACUUGUGUAAAUACGAAUGACCAGCUCAAGACCAUGGUGAAUACACUACAGCAGAGUACUAGCAAACACAAGGAGAUCAAUCUUUACAUAGGAUUCAGAAAAUGUCAGACCAAGUUGAAUGAGACAAAGAGUCUGGUGCAAAAAAUACAGAAAAAGCCAAAAGAAGGGAUCAGGUUCAAAUCUGAUGAAAGUGUGUUAUCUUUUCUUAGAAACCUUGACAGCCUUGGCAAUGUUGAUAAUGUACACUCCAUGUCAAAAACAACAGAUACCGUCCAUGUGUAUAAGAUUCAAAGUCAACAACGCUAUAAUGUUAAAAUAAAAGAAGACCAAAAAGAUUGCUAUAUUGUAAGUAUUUGUGAGUUGCCCAGUGGAGAGGUGGUCAUUACUGACGAAAUAAACAUAAGAGUGAAGCUUUUGAACCAGCAAUACAAGGUCAUUGAUCACUGUGAUCUUCCUGCUACUCCUAAAGGUGUGUGUCAUACUACUGGCAACGAGUUUGCUGUAGCUGUUGAUAAGACUAAGGUUUUACAUGAGGUCCACUUCCUUACAGUGACCAAAGGGCAGCUACAGACAGUGAGAAAGUUCACCACAAACCAUAAGUGCCACACCAUUGCCCACCACCAUAGCCAUAUGUAUGUGGGCUCCUAUGAUACCCUGUACCUGUACACAAUGGAUGGAGACCUAAAGAGGAAGAUAUAUGAAGAAAAGUCUAGUGGCGGCACAGUGUAUCGAUUUGCUUUUAGUCCUGAUGGAGAGAGAAUUUAUGUUGCAAAUAGCCAUGAACAUAAAUUAGUAACACUGGAUAAAGUUGGACAAGUGCUAUCUACAUUAGAAGACCCUGAAUUACAGUGGCAUACUGGAGUAUGUGUAAGCCCCAGUGGCCAUGUGUUUGUGUGUGGUGCUAAGUCUCACACUGUUUUACAGGUAGACCGAGAAGGGAGACAGAAGCUGGCCACAGUUGUCAGGAAGGCUGAUGGCUUGUAUUCGCCGCGGUCAGUUUGGUUCAAUGAACAAACCUCCAGCCUCAUUGUUGGGAAUGCUGAUAGUGACAGUAUCGUUGUUUUUAAGUUGUGUGUUGAGUUUUGA